AUGACGUCUGUGUGCCUGCUGAUUGAGUCACCAGUUCUGAGUGGCAAUGACCAAGUUCACUCCUGGACACUAGUCACAAGCCAAGCCUUAGACAUGGCGUGGGGAAUAGCAAAGGGGUCCGUGAUGUUGGCAGUGUCAUUCCUGGUGGCCACCCUCUGCUACUUCAGGAGGCUGCACUUACAUUUAGGGCACCGGUUGAAAUGGUGGAGUGGAUAUCUGCAAAGAAAAUUCAAAAGGAACCUCAGUGUGGAGGCGGAAGUUGAUUUACUCAGCUAUUGUGCAAGAGAAUGGAAAGGGGACACUCCCCGUGCCAAGCUGAUGAGGAAGGCUUAUGAGGAGCUGUUUUGGCGGCGUCAUAUUAAAUGUGUUCGACAAGUAAAGAGAGAUAACUACGAUGCUCUACGAUCAGUGUUAUUUCAGAUAUUCAGCCAGGGACUCUCUUUUCCAUCCUGGAUGAAAGAAAAAGACAUUGUUAAGCUUCCUGAAAAACUGCUUUUUUCACAAGGUUGUAAUUGGAUCCAGCAAUACAGUUUUGGUCCCGAGAACUAUACAGGUUCAAAUGUGUUUGGAAAAUUGCGCAAAUGUGUGGAAUUAUUGAAAACACAGUGGGCCGAAUUCAGUGGAAUUAAAGAUUAUCACAAGAGAGGAAGCAUGUGCAACAUCCUUUUCUCCGAUGCCAUUCUGGAGUACAAGCUUUAUGAAGCUUUAAAGUUCAUCAUGCUCUAUCAGGUCACUGAAGUUUAUGAACAAAUGAAGAUGAAAAAGGUCAUUCCUAGCCUUUUCAGACUCCUGUUUUCCCGGGAAACAUCAUCGGAUCCUUUGAGCUUCAUGAUGAAUCACCUGAAUUCUGUAGGCGACACAUGUGGACUAGAACAGAUUGAUAUGUUUAUACUUGGAUAUGCCCUUGAAGUCAAGAUAAAAGUGUUUAGACUGUUCAAGUUUAACUCCAGGGACUUUGAAGUCUGCUACCCAGAGGAGCCACUCAGGGAGUGGCCGGAGAUCUCCCUGCUGACCGAGAAUGACCGCCACUACCACAUUCCCGUCUUUUAAGUCUAGCAAGGACCGGGCACCUGCCAAUGACAGUGGUCACACUUGCCAAUAAAGUGUUUCUGGAAAACUAAAACUAGUGUUGCAGUCACGAAGGAAUUAGGACCUUCUCCAGGAUUACAGGUACACAGUAUGCAAGAGUGCACAAGUAGCUUUUCUUUGUUUUUCGGUGAUUUUUCUCCAAAGGAGCUGCAGUAAUAUAUUUGUGGGUUGUGGUUUGACCUUGUUCGUAAGGGCUUGUGGUCACUUCACACAUAGUGGGCCUUGAAGAGCAUGAAAACGUUUAAUUUGGACAAGAACAACAACAGGCAAAAGGAGAAAAGAAGAUGGGUAGGAAAAAAGACUAACCUGGAAAGAAUGCAUUUGUUUCUAAUGCUUACGCUCUUCAAGGGUCUUGUCUUCAGUUGGUUUUGGAUCCUUAUAAACAUGGCUUUAUUUUGUGAGCAUUACCUUCCCAGGGCCUGUGGCAUAUUAACUUUCUAGAAUCACUUGAUUAACUGCAAAAUUAUGGGUGUAUGUAUAUACACACACAUACCCACAUGUGUACAUAUAAACACAUACACACAACCACUACUUUGUAAUUUUGUACAAUUUGUUUUACAUCUCUUUACAUUUUUUUAAUUGUUGCAUCUGGCCAGUUUAAUACAUUUUAUGUAGAUAAAAAAGAUAAAUUCUGUAGAUUAUGGAACUGAAUGACAGUUAUUGAACUGUCAUGAAAACAUUAAACUGUGGUGUAUUGACAAGUGUAUUUAAUGUGUGGUAGAUAGAAUCACGCCCCCCUUUCUCCUGUUUUCCCAGAAAGAUGUCACAUCCUGAUCCCAGAACCUGUGACUAUGUUGGGUUAAAUGGCAGAGGAGAGCAAAGUUGCAGGUGGAAUUAAGGUACUAAUCUGUUGACCUGGUGACAGGGAGAUUAUUCUGGGUUUGGGUGAAUCCAGUGUAAUCACAAGGGUCCUUAAAAGUGGAAGAGGGACUUGGAAGAGUGUCAGAGUCAGGGGAAAUGAUAAAUGCAGGACACUUGAGAGAGCUGCGACAUGCUGGUGUUGAAGAUGCAGGAAGGAGCCACAAACCAAGGAAUGCAGGUGGCCUCUGGAAGCUGGAAAGGCAAGGAAAUGGAUCCCCCCUGGAGCCUCCAAGAAGGAACGCGGCCCUGCCAACACCGUGAUUUUAGCCCAUUGAGACCUGGGCCAGACCUCUGACCUCCAGAACUGUAAGAUACUAAAUUUGUGUUGUUGAAAUUGCUGUUUUGGGGACUGUGUUACAGCAACAAUAGACAAUACUCGGGCAAACUAACUUUUGGUUCAUCUUUAUUUUGUAAAUACUUUUCUAGUUUAUUUUGGUAAUUUUUAUUUUGGAGGUACUUUACUAGUCUGUCGUGAAUUUCAAUAAAUACAAAAUAACUUUUCAAAUCUUG